AUGCCCCUGUCGCCGCACAUCACGGGCAUAAAAUCGCUGUAUUAUCUGGUGGUUGGGUUUGAAAUUUCUUUGCUGGCAGGCUUUUUUAUAACUGGCGUGCGGCAUCUGCAGAUACUAUAUCAAACAAUGGGCUUGCCGACAUAUAAAAGCAUGCGUGAAGAAGGCAUACCCAGAGCGCACAGCACCUCGGAUAAAAGACAUGUUCUGCUUCUGAAAAUCCUCCUAUGCGCUUUUAUUCUGGGCAUUUUUUUGCUCUUGGAGAUAUUUGCAACAAAGGGCAUGCUCUUGCUGUUUGUAGGGCUUGUGGGGCUUACGUAUUCAUCUGUUCUCAACCUUAUAGUGCCUAUUGCCGCGUCGGCAAUACCGUACACGCAAGUAUCCAGACCCGCGCCCGGGUCCCGCCGGCACCGCUUAAAUAUAUGCGGCAUCUUUACGCACCUAAUCUGUGUGUCUAUAAUUCUGCUUUUCGGAUAUUACUGGAUGAAAAGCACGAUGCUCAAGAGACACGACCAGCCCUGCUUGCUCGAGGUGCUUCCAUCGCAGCAACAAAACGGCACGCUAUAA